AUGGCAUCAUUCCUUAUUACAGGCUCGUCGCGUGGCCUGGGCCUUGCACUGGCAACCCGACUUGCGUCUCUACCUAGCGGCCAAGUGGGAACCAUCUUCGCAACCGCUCGUCAAGACAAUUCGACACAACUCAGGGAGCUCAUAAAUGCAUCUUCCGGUCGCAUUGAAUUUGUCGGCUUAGACGUGACCGACAAGAAAAGUAUACAAGAAGCAACUAGCUUGGUUGAACAUAAGUUACAAGGCAAGGGACUUGACUAUCUGAUCAACAAUGCUGGCGCGGUAGACUGGAAUCCCGCCGGGGUGGAGGGGAUGGAAAAUCUUAAUGAAAUGUUCAACCUGAACGUCACUGGUGUUCACGAGGUCACACGAGCUUUCUUGCCGCUGCUGCGUCGUGGCGAGAAGAAGUCUGUUAUCAACAUUUCGACGACUAUGGGAUCCAUUGCCAAAGCUCAUCUUUACGCACAAGCGCCGACGCCUGCUUACAAAAUCACCAAGGCUGCGUUGAAUAUGCUGAGUGUCCAAUAUGCGCAGCAAUAUGCCUCUGAAGGCUUUACCUUCUUGCUUAUUAGUCCCGGAGGGGGCUCACGAGCAGAUUUAUCCGUCGAGACAGGUGCCGAGAAAGCGAUCGACAUCGUGCUGAAGACUGGACCUCAUCAAAAUGGAAAAUUCGUCAAUAUCCAUGUCCCGGGCUGGGUGAAUGCGAAUGGAAACAAUGCCUACCAAGGGAAAGAAAUUGAGUGGUAG